AUGCAGCCCCCUCGGAUGAUCAGAGACCUGCAGCGCCUUAACGGGAGGCUGGUCGCCCUAUCACGUUUCCUUUCCCGAUCGGGAGAUCGCUGCCUCCCCUUCUUCAAGGCCCUGAAGGAUCCGAAGAACUUCCGAUGGACGACGGAAUGUGAGAGGGCCUUCGAGCAGAUGAAGCAACACCUGGCCAACCUCCCCCGACUCGCCUCAGUCUCCCAAGAGGAGAAACUGAGUCUCUACCUCGCCGCCUCCCAGCACGCGGUCAGUUCGGUUCUGGUCAAAGAAAACUCCGGCGACCAACUGCCGGUCUACUAUGUCAGCCACAUGCUGAGCAGGCCAGAAGGACGCUACCCGCCAAUCGAAAAGCUGGCGCUGGCGCUCGUCCUGUCGGCACGAAAGCUCCGCCCUUACUUCCAGACCCACCCGAUAGAGGUAAUAACUGACCAGCCGCUUCGGCUCGUUCUGUCUAAAUUCGACGUUGCAGGGCGCCUCCUCAAAUGGGCAGUGGAGCUCGGCGAGCACGACAUACAGUACACGCCUCGGACCGCCAUUAAAGCCCAAUCCGUGGCAGACUUUAUCGCGGAGCUGACCCCGAGUACAGGCGAAGAACUCGAGCCACCGCGUGACACGUGGACUCUCCACGUAGACGGGUCGGCCAACGCAAAGUGCGCCGGCGCAGGGCUGGUGCUGGUGACACCCGACGACCGCUCGAUUGAGCGCUCCUUCCGCUUCGGGUUCAGGGCCACCAACAACGAAGCAGAAUACGAGGCUCUCCUAGCGGGGCUCCGAUUGGCACUGGAGAUGCGGGUGACCGACAUACGCGUAACCACCGACUCACAGCUGGUGGCUAGGCAGCUCGACGGCGAAUACGAAGCCCGGGACCCGACCAUGGCGAAAUACUUGGCACAGGUAAAAAACCUUGCCACCAAGUUCGUCCAUUUUGAAUUGUCGAAUGUUCCCAGAAGCGAGAACCAGCGAGCCGACACCCUGGCCAAACUGGCGUCCGACCCGACCCCCAGGGCUCGACCCGAGACCGAAGAGCUCCCUCACCGAGCCAUAGAGAUCGUCGCCACAGUCACGGGCGGCGCGCCGACCACUUGGGUACAGGAGAUGCUACGCUUCAAGCGGGACGGAACCCUACCCGACAAUAAAACUACGGCUCGACGCUUGCGUCGAACGCAGGCAUGGUACUCUGAAGAAGGAGGACGGCUGUACAAGCGGUCUUUCUCGCACCCCUUGUUACGCUGCCUAGAGCCGAACGAAGCCCAGACAGUUCUGUCCGACAUGCAUGAAGGGGCCUGCGGGGAACACAUAGGCGAACGAGUCCUGGCGUAUAAGAUACUCCGACAGGGAUACUACUGGCCGACCAUGCGCUAG